AUGGCGGAAUCCAACUCUAACAAGAAGAAGAAUGGCGGUCUCGGCUUUCAGAUCCUCCAGCAGAAGAAGCGAUCCCACCGCCAAACCCUAAACCAAUCCGAAGAUCCAGAAGCGUCAGCGCUUUCUCAAAGACCGCCACUCUCUUCUGGUCCUCCUCAGAUUGACAAGAGAGACAACCCUCUCUUCUGGUCCUCCUCAGAUUCACCAACCGCGCUUCACCCCAAAACCCCGCUACUACUCAAACCCGACAAAGAUUCGCCCCCGGCAACCUCGUCCACUGCUGCUGAUUCUAGAAGAGGCCGGUCGGUGUCUCGGAACGCCGAUGUUUUGGUCGGUCGGAGCCAGUCCAGAGUCGACACUGGCCGUCGCAACCGCUCCGUUUCCCGGUGUCCGGAGCCCAGGGGGCGUUCCGUCAUUUCCAAGAGUGAAGAUGAACAAGACUGCACAUCUGCAUUGAAUAAAGCAGAGCAAGGCAAAAAGGGUGAUUUGGUUAGAACUAGCUCGGAUGAGUUGGAUCAGUUGAAAGGCCUGAAGAAAUGGUCCAGUCAGCAUUCGCCUUUCCAGCCUUCACAUGCCAACUUUUCCAGCUUGCAAUCUUCGAAUUGGGAAGAUGGGGUUUCCACCGCAAGUUCCUUAUCUGGAGCUGAAGAGAAAAGUUUUAAAGCGGCUUGUGAACAGAUGAAUAUAGAUCAUGGACCUUCUGGUGAUAAUUUGUCGGUUCAAGCUAUUCAUUUGGAAGAUGAAACCACGAGUAGUAAUAUAUAUGAAACAGUCCGAUCUGAAGUGAGACGUGCUAUAUCUGAGAUUCAAAAUGACCUUGAAAGUGCUAUGCGAAGGGGCAGUACUCUGACACUAGCAACUUCUGACAUUUCUGAUAUCCCUCCCGACUUAGUAAACCCAAGUGCAGUUGAAUUGGUUUUGGGCAUCAGAAGAGAAUAUGCCAAAAAACUUGAGCAGGUAGAAAUUUCCAUUUCUGUGACCAUGCUUCAUAUGAUGUUGUUCAAUGUUUUUUCAUGCGGAGUAGUUGGAUGUGGCUUAAUUGACAUUUGA